AUGUCGAUUUAUCCUCUUUACAAGGAGGUUUUUCCUCCAACAGUGGUUGACAAUAUAGCUUGCGCCGCUUUCACCUCACCCAGUGAUGUCAACGUAAUAGUUGCCCGUACGUCUUUUUUACAAAUUUACAAAUUUAUUGAAGAUGAACUUAUCACAGAAGAGAAUCCCGGAGAAGAUGAUAGUAAUUUAACUCAAGAACUUGGUAAAGAUGAUGAUCAGAAUUUCCUUUUUCCAACACUCAAACCGGCUGCAAACUCAUCUUCAUCAAAGACUGCUCAUCUUGAACUUGUCGCACAAUAUAAACUUUUUGGUAACAUAGCCUCUAUGGGAGUUGUGCGAACGACGUCUUCGGGCAUUAAUGACAUGGAUAGCCUUUUGUUAAGUUUCAAGGAUGCAAAGAUUUCCCUUCUGGAGUGGUCAUUAGCGACAAAUAGUAUUGUUACGGUUUCAAUUCAUUAUUAUGAACGUGAGGAAUUUAAGACCGAAUUUCUAUCGAAUACUUGUCCAACUGAUUUGAAAGUUGAUCCUUCCAACAGAUGUGCGGUUUUGAACUUUUAUGGUAAUAAAUUGGCCAUUCUUCCGUUUCGACAAGAAGAUACCGCAAAUUUAUCCGAAGAAGAAAUUGCUAAAAUUGCUAGCAAUUUUCCCUAUUUGCAAAGUAUUGUUUUUGAUGUAACGUCUAUCGAUUCGCAGAUUAAAAUUAAGAACGUUAUUGACAUGGAAUUUUUAUAUGGUUGCCACGAACCCACUUUGGCGAUACUUUUUGAAUCAUAUCAAACAUGGCCAGGAAAAUCGAAUUCUAUAAAAGAUACAUGUUCUGUUAUUACAGUGACAUUAGACAUUUCUAAACAAAAAUAUCCUGUCGUAUUUACACGAGACGCUUUACCACAAACUUGCUUAAAGUUAAUUCCUGUCCCAGACUCUAUGGGUGUUAUUAUAAUUGCUGCUGAUGCUAUAAUUUAUAUUGAUGAUAGCUCAUUAGGAGUCGGAAUAGCUGUAAAUACUUAUGCAUCGUCAACAACAAGAUUUCCAUUAGAUAAAACAUAUGAAAAUCUUGGACUUGCUUUAGAGGGAUCUUAUCAUGUUACUUUGGAUAAUAAGGAUAUAUUGCUUUCUUUAAGCGAUGGCAACUUAUACGUAAUUAAAUUAGUAGAAAAUGAAGAAACAGUAACAGGAAUUCGAUUAGAAGAAGCGGGCAAUAAUACAUUGCCAUCAUGCGCUUGUAAAUUUUCGAAGGGGUAUUUCAUUUUGGGUUCGAGAUUAGGAGAUUCCCAUUUAAUAAAAUAUUAUACUUCAAAAAAGGAUCAAGAAAAACAAAAAUCGAAUGGCGCAACAAACAGUGUUAGUCAUCCUGCAGAUAACGGAGGUGUUGGUAACAGAUCAAAUACUCCUCUUAAGAUGUCAGACUACGAGUUUAUAAUUUGUGAUACUCUUGUCAAUGUUGGUCCUAUUGUGGAUAUGGCAUUUGGUGAAUUGGCUUUUCCAGAAGAAGAGUCACAAUUACAUAUAAUACAAAAAAAUCUAGAAAUAGUUACUUGCUCUGGGUAUAGUGAUGAAUCUUCACUGUGUAUAUUUCAUCGAAAUAUAAACCCCAUAGUGAAUAAUUCCUUUCCAAUGGAGGAUUGUACAAAUAUAUGGACAGUUUCUUGUCGAGAUUCAAUGUUUGCGGGAAUUCCUAUGGAAAGUCCGGGGUCAAAAAUUGACUCUAACGAUGGAGAUAUUUUCGAUAAAUAUCUUUUUAUUUCUAAAAAAGACAAAACAAUGGUUUUGGGUUGUGGUGAAGAAUUGCAAGAACUUCAACAAACCGAUUUUUAUACUGAUGGUCCAACAAUAACUGUUGGAAGUUUGUUGAAUGGGACACGCAUUUUACAAGUGUAUGAUCAUGGUCUUCGUCUCUUAGAUAAUGAAGGAAAACUUACACAAUUAAUUCCAAUCGAUGAACCAUUUGAAAAGGGCUUGAUUGUAUUUGCACAUAUUGUAGAUCCAUUUGUGUUGCUGUUAUUCGAUAAUGGGGAUAUUUCGUUGAUGAAAGUUAAUGAAAAAACAAAAAUCAUUGAAUUUCAUUCACGACCCGAGAGAAUUAACGUUAUUCCAACAGUUUCAUGUUGUAUAUAUCGAGAUGAUACAGAACUUUUUUCUCUCGUUAAAGAUGCAACUCCAAAAUUUUCUUUUUUAAAGUCUGAUAAAAAAAGAAAAAUGUCUGUUCACCUUUCACCCAUGAACUUAGAUGAUGAUGAAUUUGAUGAUUUGUGUAAAGGUUUUCAAACUCAGAAUCUAAAUGAGAACAUUGAUGCAAAUCCUGAAAAUAAAAUGGAAAUAGAUACAGAAGUUAAAUCAAAUGAAUCACCACGUGUUUUAGACGAAGUAAAUGAAGAAAAUGUCAGUGGUAAAGUCGAAAAAUUAGAAGAAGCAACUUAUUGGUGUACAUUAUUUAAACAGGAUGGUUCUUUAGAGAUAUUUAAGCUUCCUGACUUUGACGAAGUUUUCCUCUUCCCGCAUUUUGAUUUGUCUCCAGCAGUUCUUUUCGAUUUUGCUUCCCGACAGAAUUUAAAUUCUACACAAAAAUCUGAAAUAAAAGAAAUUUUAUUGAUAAAUUUUGGAAAGAGAUCAAAGGAGCCAUAUUUAAUUGCGCGUACUAGUGUUGGUGACAUUAUUAUAUAUAAAGCCUAUCAAUACAUUCCUGGCAGUGAUGUGUUUGAUCCUUAUCAAAAAUCACAAUCACAAGCCGAAUUAUCUGGGCGUCUUGCUAUACGAUUUUCACGAGUUUCGCAAGAAUACAUAUCACGCGAUACAAUCUAUAGUGAUAUACAUGAUAAACCUGUUUCUAAGAGAUCUACUCAACAAGAAAAUAGCAAUGAUAUGAACCAGUUUAAUGAUGCAUCAGAAAGGCAAAAUUUUCGGCUUGGACAAAUAACACGGAAAAUAAUACCUUUCUCAAAUAUUAGUGGAUAUAAUGGAGUAUUUAUAGCUGGUAUUAAACCUGCAUGGUUGUUAGUAGCAAAUAACAAUUUCUUAAGAUUGCAUCCUAUGAGCGCUGAUGGUGAAAUAAAAUGUUUUACUCAAUUUCAUAACGUGCAUUGUAAACGGGGGUUUCUUUAUGCCAAUCAUGAGAACAACUUAAGAUUAUCAGGGUUACCAUCAGACUUUCGAUAUGAUAUGGAGUGGCCUGUUAAGAAAAUUCCAUUACGCCGAACAGGUUAUGGAGUCGAAUAUCACGCAGAAAUGCAAGUGUACGCGUUAGCAACUUCAAUUCCAGUUGAAUUUAUUUUAGGGGAUGAAAAUGAGGAUCCUAUUAAUGAUGCGGAACAAGAUAGAGACCAAUUAUUGCCAGAAACUCUAAAAUUUUCGUUAGAAUUGAUAUCUCCAGUAACAUGGGAAACAGUUGACAGAUAUGAUUUUAUGGAAGAUGAACAAAUUCUCUGUAUUAAAUGUGUAAAUCUUCAAACGAAGUCUACAUCUAGUGGACGAAAAUCUUUCAUUGCUGUUGGCACGGGUUUUUUCAGAGGCGAGGACGUAGGUAUGCGAGGAAACGUGUAUGUAUUCGAAAUAAUUGAAGUUGUUCCCGAGCCAGAUAAUCCACAAACAAAUCAUAAGUACAAGUUAUUAUGUCAUGAAGAAGUAAAAGGUUCUGUGACUGCAAUUUGCGACGUCAAGGGAUACUUAUUAACAUGUGUUGGACCGAAGAUAUUUAUACGUGCUUUUGAAGAUAACGAUAGAUUAAUUAGUGUGGCGUUCAUAGACAUUCAAAUUUAUGGUAAUAGUGUAGUUUCAGUUAAGGACUAUAUUCUAUUGGGAGAUGUAUACAAGAGUGUUUGGUUUCUUGGAUUUCAGGAGGAACCAGCAAAAUUAAUAUUAGUUGGCAAAGAUUAUCAUUCACUGGAGGUUAGCUGUUUAAAUUAUUUAAUCGAUGAGCCCAUGUUAUACAUUGCUGUAGCAGAUAUGGAUAAAAAUAUUCAUUUAUUUCAAUACGCUCCAUAUAAUGUUCAGUCUUUCUCGGGACAAAAACUUAUUCGUCGUGGUGAUUUUCAUGUCGGCGCGCAAGUGAAAACGAUGUUAAGCAUGCCAAAAAAAGAAUUAGUAAGAAAUAGUCCUAUUGAGCAGGGAAGUUCUCGAUAUUUGGAAGAAGAUACUAGUGGAAGCAAAUUACUUUGUUUGUGUGGAACCCUUGAUGGAAGCAUAAGCAUUGUUACCCCAAUACCUGAGAGGAUGUAUAAACGAUUGCAGCUUUUACAUUCUAAAAUGGUGACGGGAAUACAACAUGUUGCGGGUCUAAAUCCAAAAGCUUUCAGACUCCUUAAUUCGAAGCAGAAAUUAGCUAUUAAUCCAGCCAAAGGUAUUUUAGACGGUGAUCUCUUGUUCCAAUUCCAAAAUCUUGCUAUACAUCGUCAAAAAGAAAUGACAAAACAUAUAGGAACAACGGUGGAAAGAAUUAUAGAUGAUUUAUUGGCGGUGCAAGGAUCUUGCGACUAUUUCUGA